GCGUGGCUUCCUAGCUGGCUUACUCACAUGCGGUUGUUCGUGUUUAUCUUUUGGUAGCAUAAAACGACCUGAAGUAGCUCUUUUAUUGUCAUUGUCGACUGUGGGGAGCGAAAAAUGCCUGCGAGGGACGGCGAAUGAGCGAGCUAGGCUGUUGGAAGUCGCGUUGUCGCGUUUCUUCAGCCAUGUACGCCAUCCUUUCCUACUAUAGUACCAUAGUCUUCGCCGUCCUUCUCAUGAUCUGCGCGCACCGCGUACGAUACCGUUGCAGUUUCGGGAUUCUCGAGAUACUAUUAUUGGAAUAGCCCCUGUCAUCGGAGCAACAGCAUCCACAGGAACAUACACGCGUUAGAAGAAGGAGGUGUAUUGGUGUAAUGUUGUUGUAAAUACUUCUCACGACGGGGUAGAGAGAGGGAGUACAGCGAGCAUUGACGGCGAAGACGUGUAGUACAGCUAGCGAGCAUCGGAGGACCAACAACCACCAGACAUUAUCACCGCACCGAAAAUUUCUCAAGUUUUUCCACUACCACUCGCUUCCUUUGAGGUCAGUGUGUAGCAGCGAGCGGAGUCUGCAUAUACCUCUGCUCAGGGUCGUCGACGUCUGCGGGAGUCAGACAGGAUCAGGAGCAGGAGCAGGAGGAGGAGGAGGAGUAGGACGACGACGACGACAAAGAACACAGCGGAAAAAGCGGAGCUAUAGAACGUGCAUAAAACUGGCGACAUAGCAUAAAACAAGCGAUUCGUGCUGCUGUUGCUGCUGCGAUCGAUUGCAAUCAAAGCGAGCAAUCUUCAGUCGGUCGCAAGUCGCAACUAAGGCGCAACGGCCAAAGCGAUGCAAUCGUGUAAACUUCAGCCUCGCCGGACAGUCUUUGCCUCGACGAAACUUUAUGGUGCUGCGUGUGCUGGCGAGCAUUGGUCGUGUUCCGUGCCGCGAUUGCACCGAGAAACUAUAUCGUGAGACAACUGAAUUGAAUCCAGCAACCGGCACCGCAAGGACACCGAAACGCUAACGCCUUUUGUAGCAAAAGUCGUAUACAACCGGCGAAAGAAACGGGUUGCCAUUGCCAAAAGACGUUCUAUUGCGAGCAUGAUCGUAUAGUGCAUCCCAUUGAAUCUGCUCUUUUGUGUUUGUGUGAGGGUGUGUGUAUAUAUGUUUUAAGUUAAGGUUCAAGCUUUAUUGCUUACUUCGGACGAUAACUGUCACGCAUUGGAAUCGUCCGGUGCAGUGCUUGGGACGCUGCGUGGUUCUGCUACUGCUGCCGGUUCCGGCCGAACAAAGCGAGGCCACGGAACCGCCAAGAUGCCCAAGUGGAACAAACCGCACGGCGUCAUCGUGCCGCUGGAUUCUCUACUGAAGGAGCGCCGUAAAGAGAAUUGUCCGGCGCCCCGUCGCUCCGCCGGACUCGUCGGUCGUUGGGGUAUAACGAGUUUCACAUCGAUACGGAACCGCAGUUUCGUCUCCGAGUACAACAAUGUAGACAUGAUGGAGCCCUCAUCCGACGUCGGCGUUGCGCGAGAUUCUACAGAAGCGUUGUCAAACCUGCUAUCUCCGGUGGCGCAGGAGCCGGCGCGGCCUCGAAAGUUCUUUAAAAGCCGCAAUAUUCUGCCACCACCGUUGGUGGUGCCAUCGCCCGACAAUGCCUUCCAACAGCAUCACCAUUUAAUGAUGGCAGCCGGCGAUGGGUCAUCCACCAUUCCGGCACUGUCUGCGCCCAACGCGGCGAACGCGGCCGUUCCACAUCCGGAUGAACUUAUGCAUACAAAUAACCGAGCAUGUGUGAUCUCAUCCUCAUCGACGGCCCAAGUGGCUCCAUCACAUUACUAUCAGCCAUUGUCGGCUGCGGCCACACCACAGUUCUCGCCCACUGGUCCGCAGUCGGCCAACGUUGUUGGCGGUGGUGUUGUGUUGCCACCGCAGUCCACUGAUACCUAUGCUGCUCAGCAUCGGCAACAGCACCUCUUAGAACAGCACGAUCAGCUGCUGCAAUCGAGCGAACCGAUCGGUGGUGCCGUUGUAUCGUCAAAAUCGUCCUCGCGGCGUAAGAAACAGUCUCCGGAGGACGCUGGGCGUCGGUCGAAAGGAAGCAACAAGAAGGAGAAGAAGGAGAAAAAGGCAAAAAAAUCGAAAGCGAAAGAGCCAUCCACUAGCAGGGCAGCAGCAGCGCCAGACCAACCGAAACGCAACUCGUCACGCAUUCAGAACCGGAUCAUCAACUACAACGAGGACGACGACAGCAAUGACUAUCAACUGCAGCGUCAGCAGCAGAAAAUGGCAUUACAAAUCCAUUUGGAGCAACCAGAAGUGAUUGCCGAGCGGUACUCUCCCGACGAAGAUCAGCACCCAGAGGUAUCGCAAUCGAUCCAGCCAGCCUUUCAGUGUGACACCAAAGCGAACUGCUCGCCGACCAGCGAUAGUUUGGCGAUAGAAGGCGGCCGAACAGGUAGCCGACCGACGACCACCGUGCCCACACCCCUUGCAUCGCCCUCGAUCGGCGAGCAUCGGCCGAUUCUGCUGCGAAUUUCCAAGGGCACAUCCAUGCUAAUUAGCACCGAUAGUGAGGAUAUUUCUUCAAACAGUGCAUCAGCACCGGUCGCUAGUGAUUAUCAGGCGCAGCAGAAGCAGCAGCAGCAGCCGCCAACUAGUACCGGCAAUUCGGACACGACUACGGUGGACCAGUUUGCGUCAACAUCUGCCCACUACCACCCGGCGUUGACUGGCAGUGAUGGCCAGUCGCCAAGCCAGCAGCACCAUCAACCGUUGCAUGAUGGACCGUACCAACAUCGUUAUGCCGAAGAGGGUUUGAUUGGCGAACAGCAGCAACUAGAACAACAACAACCAAAUAACAUUGAGAAGGAAGGGGCCGUGCCGGCGAUAUCAGUACCUGUGGCGGUACCAAAAACCGAUCUGAAGAUAAAAAUAUCGCUCGGAGGCAAACCUAUGGUUGGCACGACAACCACCACAACAUCCGCAACCACGACAUCUUCGCCGACGACGGCUGGCGCAUCGCCUACGGUCGGCAGCACAUCGGCCACUGCUAGUUCUGCGAAAGGGAAUAAAACUUGCCGGUACAAUUUCAAGAAGCGCGCCAUCGAACAGGAACGAGCAAGGCACCAUCUCUCGUCGAAGCGUUCGAGGGCGGCAGCGACAUCUGCGACCGAACCAAAGACACAGGGCGACAUUGCGGAAUGGUUCGAGCCGACGGCAGCUCCGCAACAGCAGUCAGAAACUACGGUACUGUCAGCACUGUUCCAGCCGUCCCAUUCGGCAACCGGCACGGCAACCGGCACGCGACCGGUCUUUCCGCUGCCCGGCACCGACACGUACGAGGUGUUUCGCACGCUGUCAUCUCUAUCCGGUGGUGAGGAUUUCGACUCGCAGAGCUCUAUCCUCGGCAGUGCGUCGUCCGACAACAAUACGCCCAAGCACACACUACCGGCUGGCGAAGGCGAUCAUCACAACCACCAUCAGCAGCAGCAGCCCCAUUGCCAGAUCAUACACAGCCGCGGUUCCAGCGAUUGUGGCAGUGACCUGGAGCUGUCGCAGAACAGCUCGACGGUAGCCGCACCACCCUCUGACGCGUACUCCGAGAACGAGAACACGCAGGAUAUCAAUCCACGACCUCCGCUGGCCACAGCCCCCGUUUCAUCGUCACCGAUCAACGCAACCAGAACCGCGGUAGCGAUGGCUACCACGCCGCUGGUCGCGGCCGGCAACACAGAAUCAUCGUCUCCAUCGGUGGUGCCCCCACCGGCGACAGAGCGCGUUGAGGUACUUAAGCUGUCGUUAAAAAAUGUGAGUAGUCGCAGUGCUCCGACCUACAGCCGUGUGACGCGUAACAAAACGAAAACACCGGGUACCGAGGGUGGUGCUACCGAGGCGAUGCCGUUGGAUGCAGGGAACGUGUCCCCGCAAAGUCUACGAUCCAGUGCGACCGUCACCCGCUCGGUACGCAGUCGCGCAACCAACAAUAACAGCAAUCAUAACAAUAAUAACAAUAACAACACCACGGUUGUGGGGUCUAGUGCCAUUGCCGGCGGUGCUCUCGAAACGACGAUCAAAGCAAAGAAGGUAGCAAAAGGGAGUGCAAAUGCUAGUGCCACGUCGAACGGCGACGGGACGCAGAAGAAGGUCACACAACAGCAGCAGCAGCAGCGACAGGAUUCGAGUGAGUUUGAGCUGCCGAUGAAGCCAGCCGGCCAAGGUGCUCCCAGUGCUAAUCUAGGUGGCGAUGGAUUGCCGGAGCCACAGCCUGAUGCACUAUCAAAAGUACAGUCAACAGAGAAGAUCUUGAGCAGCACUGGAAACGUAGCCGCUGCUACUACUACGAGGCAAUACAGCAGACGGAAAAAGAAUGUGGUGCCACCGGACUACCUGCCCGAGUUGUCAUCGGCGACCUUACCAGGCGGCGGAUCGAUGACCGAUGGCAUAACGCUGCACGAGCAGCAGGAUGUAGGAGUGUUGGAUCUUGGUGCGCAGCGAGGACUCGGCUCCGGUAGUGAUCUAGAGAGCAAGAGCAUAAUAACAACCAGUGCCACCCAGCUAAUGAGCGACCUUUUCACGGACCCACUGAGGGAGCAGCCGUCACAUUACCAGAACGCACGCUCAACGGAGGUGCCAAUGGAGAGUGGUGGUGGUACUGCUGCCGCGGAUGGUGGCACUGCUGAUGAGAUGGAGGCGAACUCAAUGGGGCAACCCGUCGCCGCCAAUACUGCUGAAUUACAACCACCUGCACCGAUGCGGCUGGUGUUACAGAAGAAAGGGUCGAUCUUCAAGAGCCGCCCACUCGUCGGUUCGUCCGAUGGUGCUCCCGAAGCCAAGAAACGGCAUGUGUACAAGCACAAAUGGGAUGACGACGACGAAGACAAUGGCAGGAUGCGGGACAGUCGAUCAUGCAGUACCGCGGUGGUGGUUCCUAGCGAUGGUGUCGAUGGUCUUGAUACCGUCACUAGCGGUGGCAGCGCAGGAAUAGCAGGAAACAGUACUAGUGGCGUUGGGACUGUUG